AUGAGCCAAGAACAGCCACAAAGGCCUCAAGGAUCCCUUGACGGAGAUGUCCUCUCCGUCCAGGAGGAUCUUACUGAGAAGAUUAUAGGUGUUGUGACGCCGUCAGAGAAUGCAGGGACGGGGCAGACCCAGAAAAGCGCCGGAGAGUCUGCAGCAGCUGGUACUGGCUUAAGCAUCGCAGUUGAAGAUACUGAUACCCAUGAAAGGCGUAUCCUCAGGAACAAAGAAUCAAUUGCUGGACAGAUUGUUGGGCAAAUAUGCCAAAGAACCCCAAUCCAGCUGAUGACACCAACGCUGCCAUUUCAACAAGGUGGUAGUAGGACUGGUGGGAUUACCAUUGGCGAAGCACUUGAAGCCACAGCCCUAACAGCCGGACAGAAGCCAGUUGAAUGGAGCGAUGCAGCUGCAAUUCAAGCAGCGGAAGUAAGAGCCACUGGUCGCACCACCAUUAGCCCCGGUGGUGUGGCUGCAGCUGCACAAUCAGCAGCAACACUAAAUGCUAGGACUGCAAGGGAUGAGGACAAGACAAAACUAGCGGAUAUUCUUGCGGAUGCGACUUCCAAGUUGCCGGCGGACAGGCCGGCGACGAGGAAAGAUGCUGAAGGGGUGACAGGUGCAGAAAUGAGGAAUGAUCCAUAUCUCACUACUCAUCCAGCGGGCGUGUCGGCUUCUAUAGCUGCUGCUGCCAGAAUCAAUCAGCAGAAUAGUUUAAAAUGA